AUGGCCUUGCUGUCUAGCGCUCUCAACGUCUUUGGCGCUGUGCUGUUGGCACACGCCCACCCUCGCCGGCAGUUCUCCAGUCUCCCCANNGUCCACUCGUACCUGAUCCCAACAAUCGACCUGCCGCUGGACAUUACAUUGGAGACGCUGACGGCCGUCCUGUUGCUCUGCGUCGGCAUUGUCAUAGGCAGCCCGGAGCUGAAGCCCAUUCAAUGGCGCGUCUGGGCCGGCAAGCUGGAGAAGGACAACGUGUCCAAGAAUCAGAGCAUCAACGGGGAUCCGCUGGGCCCCAGAGGCAACCCAUACGCAGCUUUGGAGCAGAGACAGGGCUUCCUCGACAUUAGGAGUCAGCGCAAUGAGUUUGCCGAUUGGGUCAAGAGUGGCAGCAGUAAGAAAUGA